AUGUCCUCCCGCUUUACAACGAUACGCGGCAUUCCAGAACAUGACAUCGAGAGCCAGGAUUCAAUAAAUGAGCAGACAAUGUCGUCAGAGCGCAUCAAUCCACCAAUAGAGGGGUUUCCACAGGUUGAAGAUUUCGAUAAAUUAAUGGAAAGUUAUGUCAAUGAACUCUCGGUCAAGAAACAGGACAAGGCGUUGAUUAAUGCCCAGAGGGCUCAGCACAUCCGUAUUGUCCUGACGGAUCCAAAGGAUACCAGUGUCGGUUCAGCUCAGUUUAGAUUCUGGGUGAAGAAAAUGUUCAAACUUGAACCAGCUGAUAGCCGUCUUCCCAUGAACAGGAAGUGGAUAUGCCACGAAGGAAAACCGGUCGCCAUUCGGGAGAAGUUGUUCAAGAUUUUGACCCGGGCACACCAACAAUGUCAACAUGGUGGUCGUGAUAAGACGUCGGCUCAAACAAAGAAAUCUCGUCGUCUAAUCAUGCACUUCCUUAAGGGUACCCAAAGAAUUGAUCUCCCGCUUCGUCAAGAUAUGUCCAACAUGUCAAGUCCGUCGCGGAGGAUCGCAUCUUUCCCCUCCAGAUUCGAGGCGAAACUCGCCCCCUAUGGAACUCAGUAG